UACUUUAAGGAACCCAAGGGCUGGUUCAGGGACAGACGCUCUGCGGCAGCUAUGAGCGCGUGGAAGAAUGGUCAGAGCUGCCUAGCGGCCGGGUUGUUGCAGAACCAAGUGGCCGUGGUCACCGGCGGGGGCACAGGCAUUGGAAAAGCCAUCUCCCGGGAGCUCCUGCACCUGGGGUGUAACGUGGUCAUUGCUUCCCGGAAGCUGGACAGAUUAACCACUGCUGUGGAUGAACUGAGAGCUUCUCUGCCUCCCUCCAGCUGCGCUCAAGUCACCGCCAUACAGUGCAACAUCCGGAAAGAAGAGGAGGUAAAUAAUUUGGUCAAAUCUACCUUAGCCAAAUAUGGUAAGAUCAACUUCUUAGUAAACAAUGCAGGAGGCCAGUUCAUAGCUCCUAUCGAAGACGUCACUGCCAAGGGAUGGCAAGCUGUUAUUGAAACCAACCUGACGGGUACCUUCUACAUGUGUAAAGCAGUUUACAAUUCCUGGAUGAAGAAGCAUGGAGGCGCCAUCGUCAAUAUCAUCAUCCUUGUUAACAAUGGGUUUCCAAACGCCGCGCACAGUGGGGCAGCAAGAGAAGGUGUUUACAACCUAACGAAAUCCAUGGCUUUGGCGUGGGCCAGCAGCGGAGUGAGGAUCAACUGCGUUGCUCCUGGGAUCAUUUACUCCCAGACUGCUGUUGACAACUAUGGCGAAUUGGGACAGACCAUGUUUGAGAGGGCCUUUGAGAAUAUCCCAGCUAAGCGCCUUGGAGUCCCAGAGGAGAUCUCCCCUCUGGUGUGUUUCCUGCUGUCCCCUGCAGCUUCCUUUAUCACUGGACAGCUGAUCAAUGUGGACGGAGGCCAGGCUCUGUACCAGCAUGACUACAAUAUACCAGAUCAUGACAACUGGCCUGUGGGAGUUGGGGACCUUUCUGUUGUCAAGAGGAUGAAGGAAUCUCUUAAGAAGAAAGCCAGGCUCUAAGCCAAAGAACCAUCCAUCUUGUUCCUUCGUGCCUUAGCGUCUUGAGAAUGUUUGGAACUUCACAGGAGCUUAUGAUUUCUGUAGAGGAAAAAAAAAAUCACUUCAAUGUUAAUAGUUUUAUCUUUGCAAAAACUACUCCCAAAAUAAAUGUUAUCUUCAUGUCUAAACCA